AUGGCAGAUACGAUCAAUAGUUUUUCUCUUCACUGGGCAGACAUUUUAGUCUUGAUUGCUUACUUUGCAAUUGUAAUCGGAUUUGGUAUAUGGUCAUCCUGUAAGAAUCGUGGCAGUAUUGGAGGUUAUUUUCUUGCCGGAAGAACUAUGACAUUUUUACCAGUGGGAGCAUCUUUAUUUGCAAGCAAUAUUGGUAGUGGACAUUUUAUUGGUCUUGCAGGUAGCGGAGUAAGUAAUGGAAUUGGUGUAGCUGGUUUUGAAUUAAAUGCUAGUUAUGUAUUAAUAAUCCUUGGUUGGAUUUUCUUACCUGUUUAUAUAAAAGCUGAUGUUUUUACAAUGCCGGAAUUUUUAAAGAAAAGAUUUGGUGGUGAUAGAAUUCGUUUUUAUCAAACAGUUCUUGCUUUAAUACUUUCUAUAUUUACAAAAAUAUCAGUUGAUCUUUAUUCUGGUGCAAUUUUUCUUAAUCAAGCACUUGGGUGGAAUAUGUAUGUAUCUGUUAUUGCACUUGUUGCUCUGGCUGCUCUGUUUACUAUUGGUGGAGGAUUAUCCGCCGUAAUUUGGACUGAUUUUAUACAGACAAUUAUCAUGAUUAUUGCCGCUUGUAUUCUUAUGGUUAUAAGUUAUGUUCGAGUUGGUGGUUUACAAUUAAUCAAAGAAUUUUAUCCAUAUUCUGUUGCUGAUACAACUCUAUUUAAUGAAACAUUUUGUGGUAUACCACCAGAAGAUUAUUUCAGUGUUAUUCGACCUUUGAAUUCAGAUAAUGGUCCUCCUUGGGUCGGCAUUAUUGGUAUGACUAUUUUAAGCAUUUGGUAUUGGUGUAGUGAUCAAGUUAUAGUUCAACGAGCACCUGCUGCCAAAAAUUUAACUCAUGCUCGAGCUGGUUGUAUUGUUGCCAGUUAUUUGAAAUUUUUGCCUCUUUUUCUUAUGAUUAUUCCAGGCAUGGCUGCACGUAUACUUUUUCCAGAUAGAAUUGCUUGUUCAAAUCCUGAAACAUGUAAACAAAUUUGUGGUAAUGAAGCAUCAUGUACAGAUAUAGCUUAUCCAUUAAUUGUUAUUGAAUUAAUGCCUAAUGGUUUACGUGGUCUUAUGCUUGCUUGUAUGAUAGCAGCAUUGAUGACAUCAUUAACAUCAAUAUUUAAUUCAAGUUCAACUAUAUUUACUAUUGAUAUAUGGCAACGUUUUCGAACAAAUGCACCACAAUGGGAAUUACUUAUUGUUGGAAGAAUUUUUACAUUAAUACUUGUUGUAAUAUCAAUUCUUUGGAUUCCAAUUAUUUCAAUUGCACAAGGUGGUCGAUUAUUUGAUUAUAUUCAGGCAGUACAAAGUUUUCUUGCUCCACCAAUAUGUGCUAUAUAUCUUCUUGCGAUUUUAUGGAAACGAAUUAAUGAAGAAAGUGCAUUUUGGGGUCUUAUAUGUGGUUUAAUAAUUGGUUUAAUUCGUUUUAUUUGGGAAUUUUCUUAUGUAGUACCAUCAUGUGAAUUAUUACAUACUGAUCAACGUCCAGCAGCAAUUAAAUUUCAUUUUCUAUAUUUUGCUAUUUUACUUUUUGUACUUACUUAUUUAAUUACAAUUACAAUUAGUUUACUUACUCGACCAAUUCCUGAACAAUGUUUAUAUGGUUUGAAUAUAUUUGAUUUAAAUAAUCCACUUAAACCAACACCAAUACCAACAAAAAUAGGUUAUUGGCAUAAAGCUGAUACAUCGUUUGAAGAUAAAAAUAUUCCAAGAACUUCGACUGUAAUUCAACCAACGAAUGAAUCGGGACGGAGAUUUACUAUUUUUUAUCCAGAUCCAUCGAAUAAAAAUGCAAAAUAUUAUUUUAAAGUAAUAUGUUCAUGGAUAUGUGGUGUUGAAAAAUCAAAGGAUGGUAAUAAUCAAGCAAAUGCAUUAAUAACAAUGCCACCAUUAGCAGCUGAAAAUGUUUUUUGGAAGCGUAUUUGUAAUAUCAAUGGAAUAUUUAUUCUGGCAUUUUGUGCUUUUCUAUGGGCAUUUUUUACGGACUAUCGUAUUGAUAAACUGUAUAAAUCUUUCUAA